AUGCUUUUCGUAUUGCAUAGCCCAAAACAAAAAGAUGUGGAAAGUUUACAGAAAGCAUUAAAAUGCAUAGUUCCACCUGCAUUUGGUGACCACAAAAAUUGUAAAGAAACAUGGUGUGGUUUCAAGAAGGAACCUUUGACAUAUAAACACAAGGAUCUCCCACAUCAUAAAGUGCACAAAAAAGUGCACUUAACUUUUUCACUUGAUGAAUAUACAACUGAAACUGUUGUUAAGAAACUUAUACCAUUUGCAAAUUCCCAAUGUAAUGAAGCACUCAAUAGCAUCGUAGGAAGCAAAAACCCAAAAAUAAGGUUUUAUGGUAGUAGUGAGAGCAGUGACUUUCUGGUUGCUUGUGCUGUAGCACAAAAGAACAUCGGGUAUAGUUACAUCAACAGUACACUAAGCCAUCUUGGUAUAGAGCCAAGGAAUACCUGUAUCACACACAACAGUAAACUAGACAAAAAAGGGCGAAAGAUAACCGCAAUCAUUAAAAACCUGCAAAGUAAGAUGUCAUCUCCUCCAAAAUGA